AUGCUAAAGACAAGGAGCGUGCAGUCAAUAUGCGCAUCAUGUCGUCUAAAUAUCGCCAUUUCACGAGCGCGUAGUGCACGACUACCCCUCCAGCGACCAAGCGCGCCACAAUCACGACCGGCGGCUUCCAGGUUCUCGACGCCACGAAGACCGUUCUCAACCACACUUGCAACGAGGCAAUCGGAACCAGAUGAACCAACAGCAUCGGAUGAAACGCCACCUAUUGCGACCGAGGCUGUCAAUCAUGAAGUCAAUGCGCGGAGAGCGAGACAACACUUUGGCGAUUCGCUACCGCGGGACCAUUUGACUGAAGAGGAAUACAUAAUCUAUGAGAGGCUGUACGGGGCGCCUGUGUUUGUGGACACAGUCGAGGAUGCGCAGGAACUUGAAACAAUAGAUGCAGAAGACCUCAUUGAGGAAGAACGACCAGACGGGUCCACGGUUCUGUUGAGGCGAGGCGAGAAUGGCGAAUUUGAGGAGGUUGAAGUCUUGGAAGAGCACGAUGCUUCCGAAGAGGUGGAUGCUGAAGAUGCCGAGGCGGACGAAAAGACCAUGACACCCGAAGAGUGGGAGGCACACAGGGAAGAGCAGGAUCAAAUCUAUCAUGAUGGCAUAUACGAACAGAGCCGACUGCUACACGAAGAGGCAGAGGCAGAGGCAGGGCUGGAAACUGUCGAGGAACCAGAGGAAGACGACGACUUCAUGCGAGCGCAUCCUUUGACCAUUGCAGGCCGCUUCAAGCCUUCGCCCUCGACCGUGUUCCUUCCCAAGGAGACUCUCGUUGACCCCACGGCCGUCCUCUUAACACGAGCAAACCACAAACACCUUGCUGAAACGGCCAAUCGCAUCUUUGGUGGACGAGGUCUGCCCUUCUCAGCCAGCACCACUCCAGCACGUCUUGGUAAUGGACAGAAGCCGAUUCCGCUCAGCCCAUCUCAGUCGGAAAUGGGUAACAUAGAAGCCGACGUAUACAUGGCGGCUGUGCAGCCAGGUGUAUACGCCAGUGUCAUGAGUGCCAUGGUUGAAGUUCGCCGCCGACUGGGCACAGGAUGGUUGGAGCACAUGCUGCGAAACAAAAAAGGUGGCAACGUACUAGACGCCGGGUCAGGGGGUGUUGGUGUGCUAGCAUGGCACGAGAUGCUACAGGCAGAAUGGCAGCGCAUGCAUGAAGAAUCGGGAGACACUUCACACGGCUCCACACCACUUGGCAAAGCAACUGUGCUGGCUGCCUCUGACACACUUCGCCACCGCGCGAGUAAGCUAUUGGAGAAUACCACCUUCAUCCCACGACUACCAGAGACAGUGACGGCCGAAGACGAAUCCAACACACAGCAACCGCGCAAGCUUUACGAUGUCAUCAUUGCACCGCAUACUCUCUGGCCUCUGCGACAGGACUAUAUCCGCAAGGAGCAGGUUGAAAAGUAUUGGUCCUUGCUCAAUCCCAAAGGCGGUGUUCUGAUCCUCAUCGAAAAGGGUCUACCUCGAGGCUUCGAAGUCAUAGCUGGCGCCCGCUCAUAUCUUCUGGACAAGCACAUUGCCUCUCCUAGCUCAGAGCAUAUUGAAACAUCGGUAGAUUCUCAAGUGUCGAAACCAGACGACGACACCAGGUUCACCGAUAAAGAAGUCGGCAUGAUUGUUGCACCCUGUACUAAUCAUAGCACCUGCCCCAUGUAUCAGACUCCGGGAGUCAGCCAGGGACGGAAGGACUUUUGUUUCUUCAGCCAACGCUACAUCCGUCCUCCAUAUCUUCAGCGUAUUCUCAAUGCAAAGGACAGGAAUCACGAGGAUGUGCAGUUUAGCUACCUCGCUGUUCAACGUGGCCGCGAUCAGCGCCUUCCACAGCACGACAUUCUUGGAAAAGGUUUCGUGCAGGGAGAAGAUUCCACUGCUGCGGCCUUUGAAGGACACGAAUGGAAUGUUCCGACACAAAAUGCAGAUGUCGGCCCAGACACAGAAAUCGAAGAACCCACUUUAACUUCAGUCGACGAUGUCAACCCGCUCACAUUCCCACGCCUUGUUCUUCCAGCACUUAAACGACGAGGUCAUAUCAUUAUGGAUAUGUGUACACCAGCAGGUACACUCGAGCGUUGGACUAUCCCUCGUUCCUUUAGCAAACAAGCAUACCGUGACGCACGCAAGGCGCGCUGGGGCGACCUCUGGGCUCUUGGCGCAAAGACACGGAUACCAAGAAAUGUGCGUCUUGGUAGACCAUCCGAUGAGUUUGAUAAGAAGGGCAGGAAAGUCAAGAAGGCCAAGAGAGUCACCAUUGAGAUUGGUGUCGGCGAGAAAGACGGCCAGACCGUGGAAGAAGGUCCUGCACGAGUCCUGGGCAAAGGAGGGAGAAUGUUGGUGGGUGAUCGCGACGGACGAUAUACUGAUGAUCGAAAGAUCAGGGGCAGUAAGGGUAGAAAGGGCAGGAAGAAGCGGGUAAAUGACGAUGACAAUGAAGACUUGUUGGGGGAUAUGUAA